AUGCAGACAGAACAGCUCAUCCGGAACUCGACGGACGAGUCGGUUCCCUGGGUCGUCCAAAAGUAUGGGGGAACCAGCGUCGGCAAGUCCUUGGAUAGUAUCUGCAAGAUUGUCGAAUCCUACAUACCGAAUUCCAGAGUAGCGCUGGUCUGCUCCGCCCGGUCCUCCUCUACAAAAGCCCUCGGAACGACCAACCUCCUGCUUCAAGCUUCCCGCGAGGCGCUCCAGCCCCCCUCUUCCCGUCCCGUAUCAGCCAGCGGCUCCCAGACGCCCUUCUAUCCCAAGCGCGUCGGCUCUGGCUUCUUUGGCUCCGAUGACCGCCCGGCAGCGCGCCAGACCUCGACCGGCGCGCCCGCGAACGGCAUGUCGGGGAGCAUGAUGUCUUCCAUCUCAUCCCUGCGUGAACUGGACAUAAGGAGUGCUAGCCCAUCGCCAUUUACGCCGAGCGGGAGGAGAUCGCCCCCAAGCCCGACUACGCCGGGUGCGAAUCAGUCAAAUGGGUGGGGGCAGCGCGAGAAGGAGGAGUCGGGAUUCCAUGAGACGGUAGAUCUCUUGAAGAAGGGGCAUUUGGAGGCCGCGAGGGUGGCGGUCAAGGCUGGAGCAUUGAGGGAAGAGCUGGAAGAUGAGAUUAUAAGGGAUUGUGAGGGGUUGAGGGGAUUCUUGCAGGCUGCUCAGAUCAUUGACGAGAUCUCGCCAAGAAGUCAAGACUCUAUUGUCGGUACAGGCGAGAAGCUGGCAUGUAAGAUCGUCGCCGCGGCUUUGAGAGAUAGGGGCCUUGAUUCCGAGAUUGUCAUCCUGGACAACAUCGUCGAUGCCGCAAUGUCUUCCGCCGAGUCCACAUCCGCUGGUAACGGGGAUCAAGGUGUCGCGCAGCUGGGCCAGGACUUUUAUGAUGAGCUCUCGAAGCGGCUCGGCGAGAGGAUACGCGAAUGCGGUGAUCGUAUCCCAGUCGUCACCGGCUACUUUGGUCCUGUCCCUGGCUCACUCCUGGCCCAGAUCGGGCGGGGGUACACCGACCUCUGCGCCGCCCUCUGCGCCGUCGGCCUCUCCGCCAGCGAGCUCCAAGUCUGGAAAGAAGUCGACGGGAUCUUCACUGCCGACCCUCGCAAAGUCCCCUCGGCCCGCCUCGUGCCCAUCAUCACGCCCGACGAGGCCGCCGAAUUGACAUACUACGGUUCCGAAGUCAUCCACCCCUUCACCAUGGAACAGGUCAUCCGUGCAAAGAUUCCUAUUCGGAUCAAGAAUGUCGAGAAUCCGUUGGGGGGCGGAACGAUCAUUUAUCCGGACACGGAGCAGGGGCUCGCGCGCCAGAUCCAGGGGGAUGGGGAGCUAAAUGAAGGGGAAGUGGAGGAUGAGGAGAGGAUCGAGCGGGCCAAGAAGGAGGGAAGGAUGCCGACGGCCGUGACUAUCAAGGAUAGCAUCAUUGUCAUCAACAUACAUUCGAAUCGCAAGACGAUCAGCCAUGGGUUCUUGGCGAGGAUAUUCGGCACGUUGGACAGGGCGGGAGUCGUUGUGGAUCUCAUUUCGACUUCGGAAGUACAUGUAUCCAUGGCGAUGCAAGAGAUCCACAACAAGAAGCGACACGACCGCAUCAUCCGUGAUCUCGAGCGCAUAGGCGACGUGACCGUCUCGCUCGACAUGGCCAUCUUGUCGCUCGUCGGCCGGAACAUGCGCAAUGCGAUCGGAAGCGCCGGUCUCAUGUUCAUGAGCUUAGCAAAGGCGGCUGUGAAUAUUGAGAUGAUCUCGCAGGGUGCUAGCGAGAUCAACAUCUCAUGUGUCAUCGAAAAUAAGGACGCCGUCAGGGCCCUGAACGUCAUCCACGAAUCCUGCCUCACCAUCCCCGUCUCGCCCAUCCGACCGUCCAAGACCCUCCAAGCGGUCUAA